AUAAAUCAACAGAUACAGAAUCAUCUUGUAGUUUUCUAUUAUUAAUAAAAGAAAAUAAAACAGAUUAUGAAAUUAAAGAUAAUAAGCAGUCUAACAAUAGUAAUAACAAUAUUAAACAAUAUGAAUUAGAUUAUAAAACUGUUAAAGAAAUGCUUAAAAAUAAUAGUAAGGAUAUUUUAAAUUUAUUAGAAGUUUGUAGCAACCACUUUAAUUUUGGCCAAGAUAGAUUAUAUUCACAUGGUUCAAAAGCUUUUUUGAGUUGGAAAAUAUACUUAUUAUUGUUAGAAUAUUUUAAAUUAGAAUAUACAGAUUCCAUGUCAGAGCAUAAAAAAGAUGAUUAUUUUUUUCAAAGACAAGGCAGAGGAGCAGAAUCAUUUAAUUGUAAGAAACUGCAUGUUGAUAAUAGUUCUAAAACUCUUGAGCUUUUAGAAAACUGA